UGAUGAGUACUAAAAACAAAUAAAUGUGAAGUUUAGGAAGGAAAGGAACCUGUAGAAAAAUUUCUCAAAAACCUCACGUUUUGAUAACAAUUUAAGUGAAAUUUUCAAAUAAAUUCUCAGAAAAUGUCACCAGGAGCAACAACGACAGUUCCACCUGUAAUUUGGGCCCAGCGAAAUGAUCUUCUCUAUCUCACCAUCAAUGUUGAAUGCAAAGAUCCAGAAUAUAAGUUCACUGAAAAUACAAUGAGUUUCAAGGGAACCGGAGCCGCAGAUAAUAAACAAUACGAAAUUUCCUUUACAUUUCUAAAGAACAUCAAUCCGGACAAGGUGACUCGAAAGGAUGCCACGAGGUGCGUUGAGUUUACAAUUCCCAAAGCAGAAAGUGGCCCAUACUGGGCAACAUUGACAGAUGAUAAGAAAAAGCCGCAUUGGCUCAAAGUAGACUUCAACAAAUGGAAAGACGAGGGAUCAGAUGAUGAAUUUGAUGGUGGAGAUUUCAUGGAUGGCGGAGACUACGAUGGAGACCUCUCAAAAUUAAUGUUUAAGUCCGAUAGCAAGGAUAAGCCAUCAUUUGGCGAUUUGGACGACGAAGAAGACUCAGAUGAUGGAUAUCCGGGACUGGAAUGAACAACUUCUUUAGUAUCUUAAUCUCGUAUCGUUUCAGAGAAGAUGAAAAAGCCACAAUUUUGUUUGUGUAAAGAUUUAAAUGCGAGAUGUAUGGAAUAUUCGGUUAAUAAUAACGGCUGAAUUUGGAAUGUACAUCAAAAAAAUAAGAGAGAAAGAGAGAGAGAUGGGAGUUUUCAAAACUACAAAAUAUACGCUAGGUUAGUUGAUGUACGGAUUUCAAAUAUCACAAUGGUUUAUUAGAGGAUACAAGAAAAAAAAAUUGUAAAAUACGUUGAAAAAAAUAAUAAUACGUCUCAAUUUAAACAAUAGCCAAAUAAAUUGACCAUUUCGUAAAUUA